UGUUACGUUACUGAAGCUAUUUUUGUCUACUUUUGGUUAUAAAAUGCCAUACACGUCACCAACAGGCACUACUUCAGUUUUAAGUUUGACAAAAUCAUAACAAUUUUUAUUACGUAACAACAAAACACAGAUUAAUGCCGAGCAGAGUGAUGGAUCCCAUUUCAACUGACCACGAUUUAUGCCCUGUUUGCCACGAGGUAGUGCAGGUUUUUGCGAUCGGUCAUUGCGAUCAUCCGAUAUGUUACCGAUGUUCAACCAGAAUGCGUGUACUCUGUAACCACAUGUAUUGUCCUAUUUGCAGGACUGAUUUGAAUCAGGUUUACAUGGUCCACAACAAAGUUAAAUGUUCGGAAAUUCCCCGACAUGGCUACAUCCCAAACAGAAAGUACAAAAUAUUUUUUGAAGACGGGCAGAUUCAGAAAAAGUUUGAAAAGCUUAAUGAAUUCAGGUGUCCAAAAUGCAAGAUGUUAGAGAGAAAUUUGAAAGCAUUACAGCAGCAUCUCUCAAAGAAUCACACACUCUUUUUCUGUAGUUUGUGUGUGGACCAUUUGAAGAUUUUCCCAUCUGAACGGAAGGUUUACAACCGUCAGGAUCUGGCACAGCACCGUCGUCAAGGUGAUAAAGACGACACCUCGUAUAAGGGACAUCCGCUCUGUCAAUUCUGUGACGAACGCUACAUGGAUAAUGAUGAGCUCUUCAAACAUCUGAGAAAAGACCAUUAUUAUUGUCACUUUUGUGAAACAGAUGGCAGCCAUGAUUACUACAGUGAUUAUGCAGACCUUAAAGACCAUUUCCGAGCAAAGCACUUUCUGUGUGAGGAAGGGGAUUGUGCCAAUACCCAGUUCACUCACGCCUUCAGAUCCAAAAUAGACUUCCAAGCUCACCAGUCAAAUAACCACUCAAGGACGUUGUCCAAGUCACAAGCAAAGCAAGCCAGGACGAUAGAAGUGGAUAUCCAGCUGGCUCCCAGGAACAGGAGGAGAGAUAAAGGAGUCAUAACUGCCAAUGACUAUGAAGAUGCACCUGUACAAAGGGGUGGAGCCCAAGGGAGAGGACAAGGGAGAUCAGUGAAGGAUAGAUUUAGGGAUGAGGACAUGAAUAGAGCAAUCCAGGCUUCCUUGAGUGUCAUGACAGAAGAGAAAAUGAAGCAGUCUAAGGCAGUAGAGGAGGAGAGAAAGACACCCUCACCAGAACUGCUGCACGACACUGAACAGUUCCCCAGUCUAGGUAAAAUAAAAGAAGAAGCGAAACCUCUGCGGUCUGAUUCCCCUGCUAAUGUAGACUCUGAUUCAGAGAAAACAAGUAGCUCACUUGCACAAAGGUUAGCCAAGACCUCCAACCUAUCUGUUCAGCAUGGAGCAAUGUCUGUGAAUGAUUUCCCAUCUCUGUUAGUGAAUCCGUCCAAACCAGACAUCAUGGUAAAUGUUACAAAAGCUACAAAGCCUGUGCCAAAUUCAUACAGUGUAGUGUCAAAAUCAGGACCUGUAGGAGAGGAUUUUCCAAGUUUACCUUCAGGUAAAUCAAAAAGAGCAUCUUCUGCUACUAUAAGCCAAUGGGGCAAAAAACCUGCUUCUGGUGGAAAGAGCUUAAAAACUGAAACACCUCAACCUAGUCGUCCGCCAUUAGAGGUUUUGAUGAGUGAUCCCUCUAGGAAAGGAGAAACUAAAAAAGAGAAACAAAGGAAUCCAAGAAAUCAAACGUUUACCUCAGACAAUGACUUUCCUUCAUUAUCGUCAGUUGGAGUUGAGAAUGCUAAUACUGACUGGUUUAGGAAUGUGACAGAGAAUUCUAAUAAGAAAAUGAAAAAAGAGAAACCUAUUGAUUGGUUCGAUAUAAACAAUGAUUCAGAUGAAUUUAAUAUUGAUAAUAUAAGUGGUGAUAAGAAUAAUAAACAGUUAAUUUCAGAGGCAUAUAAAGAGACCAAGAAAAAGAAAAAGACUAAUAAAAAAACGAAAACGUCUACUAGUGCUACGAAGUUGGGAAGUGACAGUGUAAUCAGCACUACUGCCUCACUGGAUAAUAUAGCAACCUCAUUGUUAGGAAACUCUGUAUCAAGUUCACAAGACAAGAAUGUUCAAAAGGUUAGUAAAGAAGCACCUGUUGUGAAGAAGGAAGUCACUACUUCAGAGAAAGCAAAAACCAAAACACCAAUCCAAGAUCCUAUUGAACAUGUUUCAGAUCUUGCUACAGAUCUAGUUUUGGAAGAAAAACCAGAGGAGGAAUUUAUCCCAGUAAGGCCUAAUGAGAAGAAGUCAAGUAGAUUAGAUUCUUCAGAUUUCCCUGCUUUGUCAGCUGUCAAAGGCCCUCCACCAGGCUUCAGUAAAGCCAAAAGUAAGCCUCCCCCAGGCUUUGACAACUCGCAGACCUCUAUGUCCUUCCCCACCUCAGGGCUAGCUCCACCACCAGGGUUCCCAUCUUCCUCUCUUGCAAAUUCCAAAGAUCUGAAUUUGAAGAACUUGAUGGAUUCUUUUUCCAAUGGUAGUGAGGUUCCCAGCACUGAUAGUCCAGCUAUGUUUAUUGAGAGCUUUCAAUAUGAGGAACCCAAGGAUUUCCAAGCUAGAAACAAGGCGCUAGUCAUGAAAAUCAAGGAUGUGUUUCAAGACGAUGAGGACAAGUUUACAAAAUUCAAAUCAAGUUCAAGUGAUUUUAGAGGAGGAAAUGUGUCUGCCAUGGAAUAUUACAACAAGUGUAGUGAACUUAUUGGGUCAGAAAACUUUGAGGAAAUCUUCACAGAGCUAUUAGUUUUGCUUCCAGACAUAGAAAAACAGCAGGAGCUUCUAGAGGCACAUAAAAAAUGUUUGAAAUCCAAAACCAGUUCUGAAAAAGUACUUAAAAUCAGUGGCAAGAGUACAACUGCUCCAUGGAAAAGCCAGACGGAGUUUGUUACUUGCACAACCUGUCGUCAAAUUUUGCUACAAAAAGACUAUAACCAACACGUAGGCAUGCAUAAUAUUGAAGCUGACUAUCCAUCCCUGGGCUCUAAUGUUACCCCUUCACAAGGACCGGGAAUGAGAGCUUGGAUUAAGGCCAACUAGACAGACAAAGCUGGCUCAUCUGAUCGUCUAUACCUCAAAUUCAAUGGCUGUAAUUCUGAAUGAAAAUCACUGAAAGUUUUAUGUGUUCUAGUAUCUAUUUUGUUAUUGUUCCCCUAUUCACAACCACUUUGAAAUUCUUCAUAUUUGAAUGUAAAUUAAUCUUCAGUAGCUUUUGCAAAGAAUGACCUUUAUAUUUAGCAUUCUCAUGUUUCACCAUUGCUGCUCUGUGCAAUAAAAAAUGUUUGAGAAAAAAAUGCCACAGAUUUUACCAAGAUAUAUUGUACAAGGGAAUGUUAAAUCUCAUUUACUACUGUCCAUAGCUUAAAUUUAUUUGAUUGAUCAUUUAUCCCUCCUUACACUACAC